UAUGAGCAGAUGCGCGCGUUUUCGGAAUUGAGGUUACGUUUUUAAUUUUGUGGGACCGGUGUUUGAUGUUAAACUAGUAUGAAAAAUUAAUGAAACUUUUGUGUACGUGAAUAGACAAUAGUGAGAAGCAUGAGUGUGUGCACACCAAAUCGUAACGUUUUAAACAACUCUUUUGCACUAGAACGGAGCCUUUCCGUGAAUAAAACACGGCGAACUGUGCGUAAAAGCUUCAUCUGGGGCUCCGUGAACCUCCUUAUACUUGCAGUCCUUCUUUAUGAUAUAGCAAAUUCAUGUCCUUUGUACACUGAUAUUUACGACUAUAUCAAAUAUGCGUUCGUUCUGAUAGUAAGCAUAAAUCUCUUGUACUAUGCUGCAAAAAUUAUGAUCUCAAAUUUCAAUCAUGAGCAAAUACCAAUCACUUUGGAGCAGAAGAAACUGUUAGGAAUCAGUGAUUCAGACCCAAAUUUUAAAGUUGUUGAUAAGUUACAUGCGCCAACAGCUCAAACACCUUCACAUUCGUUUUCAAAUAGUCCUAGUCCUCCAAGUUCGCCACUGUCCAGCACUCCGAUGAACAUGACUGCGAACAGCUGGAGGUCCACUCCCAAUGACAGUUUAAAUUACUCAUUAUCAUCACCUUCUUGGACUUAUCAUAAAGUAGUUUCUGGCCCUUCGCCUUCCUCAUUUUCUUCCAACAGCCCCAUUCAAUAUAGGGACACAUCGGGGAUCGAAUUUAUCCAAGACGAAAAAGACUUAGAUACGUAUUUAAAAGAGUUCGAAGCUAACACAAGUGUUAAAAAUUUGAACAACCAGACGCAACAACCUUCAAAUUUGUUGAGUUCGUUUUGGAGCCACCCUGUGACGAAAACGGCCAAAGACAUGUCCAGUUUUUUGAAACGUUGUACUUAUCAACUAGCCACACAAUCACCUACUAAUCUCAAUUCAAGUAGUCCGAAAAAUAUAAUUGAAAAUAAAAGUUCGCCUACAGCUUUCCAAACGUCCGCUUUGGCUCACUGGUCGAGGCUUAAUAUUGACAUAGUGUCUUUAACACAGUGGAACGAGAAUUUACGCAAAUGGAUUUCCCAAACCAUUUUAGAAAGACUGAUCAAAGAAUUUGAUAAUAUUAAUGAAUCUUUUGAGAAACAUGGACUGACGGAUAUUAAAAUUGGCCAAGUGGGGUUAGACAGGCUGAGAAAGACUGCACAAGUCGCACAUGUUACCCAUUUUAUUCCAAGUCUACCAACCCUGAUACCGUUCUUGGAAGUCACCUCUAACCAAGAAUAUUUGGAAAAACGGAUAAGAGAGUUGGCCAAAGGGGGCUGCAUGAGUGAUUUUAAGUGGAGUGGGGGGAGCGGCUACAAUGGGAAAGACUGGGAUGAUUCACUCCCCACUGAUUCAGCCAUCAUAAUGCACUUGUUUGCGUCAUAUUUGGAUACCCAGCUAAUGCCACUCCCAAGUAUGCCAGACACAAAACCUUUCAGUGGUCUUUAUUACAUCAAAAGCAAGGAUAAAGUCCCGACUCUAACACCCAACAGUCUUUUUAUACAACAAGUGACUGAAAAACCGCCACAUUUUCGAGUAAUUGUGGGAGAAACGAUCUAUGAAAUGGUCAAGGGUUACAAUAAUUUAUUUCACAGUAUUUUAUUCUUUCUGUAUCAUGUGAACAAGCAAGAGCAUGGAAUGUUAGGAAGAGUUAAUUUGGGCAGGGCGGGGGUUAAUAUGCUCUGGAUUAUUGGACAAUAAUUUUUACAAUAAAUGCCUAUCACAGUA